AUGCGUGAGAGACUCACGGCCAUCAAAUAAAUUAGUCUGCAAAGAGCUGUUGCGUUCAUAUACAAAUUAAGUUUCGUUGGUGAUACAAGUUUCAGUGAUUUUCUAAAAUGGCAUCAAAGGUACCCUUCGUCACCUUCAACAACGGACAAAAGUUCCCCAUUUUCGGUUUGGGAACGUGGAAGUCCAAACCCGGCGAAGUCAAAGAAGCUGUCAAAUACGCCAUUAGCAUCGGCUACCGUCACAUCGACUGCGCUCACAUCUACGAAAAUGAACCCGAAAUCGGUUCGGCCCUAUCAGAAGUCUUUAAGGAAGGCAUUGUUAAGAGGGAGGAGUUGUAUAUUACAAGCAAGCUAUGGAACACCAUGCACAGGCCCGAUUUGGUCGAACCUGCCAUCAAGACUACCCUGAAAAACUUGCAAUUGGAGUACCUGGAUCUGUAUCUGAUCCACUGGCCAUUCGCCUUAAAGGAAGAAGGUGCUUUGUUCCCAACCAACCCAGAUGGUACAACAGCGUACAGCGAUGUUGACUACUUGGACACAUGGAAGGCCAUGGAAGCAGUCCAAAAGAAGGGACUCACUAAAUCCAUUGGAGUGUCCAACUUUAACAAGAAGCAGUUGGAACGCCUUCUCCAAAACUCCACCAUUCCACCAGCAACCAACCAAAUUGAAGUGCACCCUUACUUGAAUCAAAAGAAGCUGAUCGACUACUGUACCUCAAAGAAAAUCGUCAUCACGGCUUACAGUCCUUUGGGUUCCCCUGACAGGCCAUGGGCUAAACCAGGUGACCCACAGUUGUUGGAUGACCCCAAAAUCGUUGCACUCGGCAAAAAAUACAAAAAGACUCCCGCCCAGGUCGUACUGAAGUACCAAGUGCAGAGGGGUAACAUCACCAUUCCCAAAUCAGUGACCAAAUCCAGGAUUUUGCAGAACUUCGACAUUUGGGACUUCAAUCUGACUGCUGAGGAUAUCGCUCUUCUCGACAGCUUCGACUGCAAUGGUAGAAUCUGUCCAUAUGACGAUGCCUUUUCCCACAAGGACCACCCUUUUUCACGCGAUGAAUAUUAAGUAUCUGGACAUCUACAACACCUUCUACACGUUUGGAAAAAGUGGUAGUAGAGAAUGACUCCUGCCCCAACAAAACCCCAUCAAUUAGGAAAUUUCCACUCAACAAUUGCAACGCACCAUCGCCUUCAUUUUGCAAUUUUGCAAUAUUCAAAUUUAUUGUUAUAAUUUUUAUUUCACGCAUAGAUACGACAAAUUGAUUGUACUGUUAAUAAAAUUUUUGUUUUAUAAAUCUG